AUGCUAACUCAUCAUACAUUGCAAACUGAAGGAACUUGUGUUGGAAAUAACCUCAGGUUUUCAUUAGGUGAUCUUGUUGGAGUAACCUGUCCUUUAGUACCAGCUAAUACUACCACUGCUUUACUAGCUGGAGCUGGUAUUGAACCAAUUUAUUGUUCUGAAUUAUCUCUACAGUAUGGUAACAUUAAUAUCUCUGGUCCUUACUCUUAUGGUACUGGCAUUGAAUACACUUGUCAGACUGGUUUCCAACUGGUUGGUGUUUCCAGUCAAACCUGUUUGUCCAGUGGAGGCUGGAGUCAUGAAUUACCUUAUUGUAAUGUACUCAACUGUACUGACCCAGGAGUACCUAGUAAUGGAAGACGACAUGGAAAUCACUUCACAAAUGGUUCCUUAAUUCAAUUCAUUUGUGACAAUGGCUUCAAUUUAAAUGGCACUUCACUGAUCAUGUGUUAUCGUGGUAAUUGGUCUGCUCCUGUACCAGUAUGCAUUAGCAAUACACCUUCACCCUCCUCCUCCUCCUCUUCUGUCCCUACUACCACUUCCUCUUCGAAAAUUAUUACUUCUUCCUCUCCUUCUCCUUCUGCAACUAAUCAAACUAAUGACUCAAUGCAAUUUGCUUAUCAGUUUCUGUCAGCAAUCUUUAUUGCACUAGUAGUCCUAAUAAUAUUAGUACUUAUUAGUGCAUUGGUGUUCUUGUGUGCUUAUCAUAAGAUAAAGAAGACUAAAAAGCAGUGA